GGGGCACACAAAGAGGGCCUGAGUGACUUUGCCGCCGUUCCAUUAUGGCACACCCAACUUGGGCACACCACGUGGCGGACCCCCUGGCACACGCCUGAUCACCUUCAUUUCAUAUCCCGCUGUCGGCAUCAGAUUCUCAGUCGAGGCAUGGCGGCGGACGGCUCGAAGUCCCGUGUGCUUGUCACUGGCGCGUCUGGAUUCAUCGCAGCUCACUGCGUGUAUCAGCUCCUCGACAGAGGCUACAAGGUGACUGCCAACACGCGGCCAGCACAGACAGAUAAAUCGGAUGACGAUACAGACAGACAGACAGCCGCUAGACUGCGAUGUGCGCUCUCAGGUGCGAGGCACGGUUCGUGACCCAACAGACGCCAAGAAGACGCAGUUUCUGAGGUUAGGCUUCCUUGAUGAAGACGCGAUGCGACAAAAUGACCAAUGGGUAUCUUCUCAUGUGUUGGUACAGGACCUGCAUCCGGGAGCGCGUGACCAUCUGGAGCUGGUCGGCGCCGACCUCACAGAGGUGAGAACACUCGAAAGCACAGCAAAAGAUGCGGACUCGCGUGCUCUCUCUCAUCACCCAGGAAGACAAGUGGGCGGAUGCCGUACGUGGCUGUGAUGGCAUCGUCCACGUGGCGUCACCCCUGCCCCCAGUGGGAGAAGAAGACGACACCAUCGUCGACCAGGCCAUCAAAGGCAAUGAGCACGUCCUCCGAGCGGCCAUCAAGGAGAAGGUGCGUCGUGUGGUUAUCACAUCGUCUGCCUACGCCAUCUUCGACGGCCACCCAGCAGCACGGUACGGCGCCGGUUCGCCCCCCUUCACGGCCGACGACUGGAGCAUACCGGAGCGACAAGGCUUCUACCCCAAAAGCAAAACACUGGCAGAGAGGCGCGCUUGGGAGAUUUCCGCGAGCGAUGAGGCAAAGGCAACGGGGCUGGAGGGGUCACGGUGUGUCCUGGAUGGGUGAUCGGGCCCAUGGUCAACGCUACGGUGGGGCGGAGCUCCGACGUCAUACAGAGGUACUUGACUGCCGCGUUCCCUGGCACCCCAGCGAUGGGUGAGCUACACGAAGGAUGGAUGCACAGAGAUCGCCCGCCUACCUGCCCACACACCCAUCGGUGGCCUUCCUGUUCCUGUAAAUAUUGUGUGUGUCAGCCUACCCCAUUGCAGGUAGGCAGAGGGGGAGCGUCGACUGUCGACCUGAUGUUUGCCACAUUCUGUCGCCCUUGUGUUAGAUGUUCGUGACGUGGCGUUGGCACACGUGGCCUGUCUGGAGGGCGGCCCACAGGUAGUCGGCAAGCGAUUCCCACUCGGCGAAGAAGCCAUCCAGCUCAUCGACAUUGCCACGGUCAGUCAGCCAGCAUGUCUGUCAGCCGACACAGAGAGCACAUCCACGAGCCUCAGCCUUCCCACGUGGGGUGUGUGUGUGUCUGCCGAUGCGAUCAGACGCUCAAGGGCGAGUUUGGCAAAUACGGCUACCGUGUGCCAACAACGAGGCUCCCGACUUUCCUCGCAUGGCUGCUGAGCUUCUGCGAUAAAGGCGUCGCUCAAGUAUUGCCAGAGGUACGGAUGUUCGUGCGUCGUGAAUGGCUCAUGACUGUUGUGUGGUGUGAUGACAUUGUGCUGACUGCCAGCUGGGGAGGAGGUUCUCGAUGGACAGCAGUGGUGCGAGAGAGAUUCUGAACAUCCAGCCACGGGACUUCAAGCAGGCGGCCAUCGACCAGGGGUACUCUUUGAUAAAGCUAGGUAUUGUGCCCAACAAGGGCGUACCAGAAGAGAAGCUCCAACUAUCGCUGUAGGUAGCGUAGCGCCUUCGCUGUGCUUGGCGGGCAGGAG